AUAGGCUCAGCCACAAUCACUCCGAUGAACGAACUAAUCAUACUGGACGUCGCCUGUUUAAUCAGCUGUACGUCGCCUGUUGUGAUGAAAAAAUGCGAUGGCGGGACGUGUUGACAGUUGCGGGAAUCGACGUGAUUUAGGUCAUCUAAGAUAAUGGACACUGGAGAUACAGAUAUUGACGAGAUGAGUCUUGACGAUACCUCGGAGACUACAAACUUAGUCGGACGUUAUCGCCCGAAGAUGGACCUGGCGGAAGAAAAGCUCGAAAAUGGCUCUUCAGGUGGCUCUGAACAGCCAAAAACGACACUUUUUAUAUGGAUUCUGGCAGUUUUCUCAGCCAUCGGUGGAUUUCUGUUCGGUUAUGACACCGGUGUAGUAUCGGGAGCUAUGUUAUUAGUCAAAAACGACUUCACAUUGACAUCCGUGGGAGAAGAAGUUGUCGUGAGUGUGACGAUAGGCUCCGCUUUUGUGGCAGCGUUGUGUGGUGGAGUUCUGAAUGAUAAAUUUGGACGAAAGUCAACAACUAUUUUAGCUAGCUUCGUGUUCACUGUAGGAGGAGUGAUACUUGGAGCCGCACAGAACUUUGCCAUGUUAGUGACUGGCAGGCUCAUACUCGGGAUUGGCAUUGGUCUUGCAUCAAUGACAGUUCCGAUGUACAUCGCUGAGUGUGCACCUUCACAUCUGCGAGGUCGCCUGGUGACGGUCAACGUCCUCUUCAUCACGGGAGGUCAGUUUGUCGCCAGUGUGAUGGACGGCGCCUUCAGCUAUGUGGAGAAGGAUGGCUGGAGAUACAUGUUUGGCUUGGCAGCGGUGCCAGCAUUUGUUCAGAUGAUAGGCUUCCUGUUCCUCCCAGAGUCACCCCGCUGGCUGAUGAAGAAGGGAUACGAGGAGAAGGCGUACUCGGUGCUGGCCAGAAUCCGCGGUACCAAAAACGUGGACGAGGAGGUCAAGAUUCUGAGGCGAGUCUGUGACGAGGAUGAGGAAAUCAAACAGCAACAAGGUGACCGCUCGACCAUUGUCCGUCUGCUGACUACUCCGUCCACUCGGCGAGCUGUCACUGUAGGCUGCGGCCUUCAGCUCUUUCAACAACUCACAGGAAUCAACACCAUUAUGUAUUAUAGUGCGUCCCUCUGUUACAGGUAUUAUAGUGUGAUCAAAAUGUCAGGAAUUUCUGACAAGCAUGAAGCAAUAUGGCUCUCGGCUGCGACAUCUUCAUGUAACUUCAUCUUCAGAAUCGUUGGAGUUUGGCUGGUGGAAAGGAUUGGACGGAAGAAACUCCUUCUAGGAAGCCUAGUAGGUGUCAUCCUGAGUCUGACAUUCCUUGCCAUAGGAUUCCAGGUCGCGGCCUUCAACUCCCCACCUGUGACCUUAACUGAAAGGGGAGAUAACUCAUCAUGUUCUUCCUUCAGGUGGUGUGAAGCUUGUAUCGAGGAUCUGAGCUGCGGCUUCUGCUACAGCUAUGCCAGCAACAACACCGUUGAAGGGUCAUGUGUACCCACCUUCAGCAGCUCGGAUACAUCACAUGCUGGCUUAGGCCCCUGUAAUGAGACAGAACCUAAGGGCCAUAUAUGGGCAGAAAACUUCUGCCCUACGUCCUAUGCCUGGAUGUCUACACUCGGGUUGGGCCUGUACCUCAUGUUCUUUGCUCCAGGUAUGGGUCCUAUGCCAUGGACUAUCAACUCUGAGAUUUACCCUCUGUGGGCACGAAGCACGGGCAACUCUCUGUCGGCAGCUACCAACUGGAUCUGUAACCUGCUGGUGUCCAUGACCUUCCUCACCAUGACAGAAACGCUGACCAAAUAUGGAACAUAUUGGCUGUUUGUGGUGGUUGCAGUCUUGGCACUCAUCUUUUUCAUCAUCUUCUUGCCGGAGACAAAAGGGAAAAGCCUGGAGGAUGUGGAGAGACUGUUUUCACAGCCAUGGUGCUCCUGUGGUGCGAGACACAGCCUUAAUAUCAACUCACACGACAGAACAGAUCGUGGGACAUUGCAGUGACAAGGGUGGUGGUGCUUGUCUGUGUGCUAGCUUGCCCUGAAGAGGACCCGAGUUUGAAUGUGCACGAUGGUACACGUGAAGAACAUUUUUGGUGCCUGUUGCCAUAGGACUUUACAUACCAACAUAAACAUCACCUCACCUUCUCAGGUAGAACGAACUCUGUGAACCUUUCGUACAUGCCUGUGAAAUCUGUGCCUUGAAACAAGUCACUUUUGAGUAAAUCAGAGUUAGUUGUGAUCUUAGGACAAGCAUGCAUGAUUUCAUUGGUGAAUGGCUACUAGUUGUAUCUUUUGGUGACAGUGUAUAAUAGAAAUAUCAUUCCAGGUGUAAAAUAAUGUUUUCCAGCAAUGUUUACAAACUGGGUCCACUUAAACCAGUACAAUGUUUCCUCCAGACAAUACAUCGGUGCUGUACUUUGUUGCUGCAACAGCCUAAUGAUAAACCUUUGGUUGCAGCUGAUAGUGUGUUUUUUGGGUUUUUAUUAUAAUGUUUUUAUUGUUCCCAAAGGUACAUCAUUAAAACACCAAUUCACGUUUUUUAGAUUUUUUUAGGUAGAGUUAAAAAAUAUACAAAAGUUCACAUUUUCACAUCAAAAUAACCUACCGAAUAUAGAGUCUAUUUUCAUUGUUAAGUUGGGAAUAUAGAUCUCCAUUUUGUGUCAUUUUUGGCUAUUAAAAUGUCUCUGCUAUUUGUUGAUAGUGUUGAUACAUUCCCAUGUUGUAUAUCUUUGGGAACAAUUUAAUUAAAACAGCACUGGUAAGAAGGAGGUUGUAGCCUUUGAAACAAACUCACUCAAGCUUGAAAUCCUUUUGAUUUAUGUGACUCACAAAAAGUUAAGGACCUCCUGAUUCUUUCAUAUUACUGUACUUAAUCUGUCUAAGGACCACCCGAGUCUUUCAUAUUAAUAUAGUUAAUCUGUCCAAGGACCACCUGAUUACUAUAAUUAAUCUGUCUAAGGACCACCCGAGUCUUUCAUAUUAAUAAAGUUAAUCUGUCUAAGGACCACCUGAUUACUAUAUUUAAUCUGUCUAAGGACCACCUGAUUCUUUCAUAUUACUAUAUUUAAUCUGUCUAAGG